GGCGCGCGGCGGGGCGGCCCGUGGGCGGCCGGCGCUGGCCCAUAUAACCCCACCUCCCGUGCGAGGAGUGCCGCGGUAAUUGGCUGGAUGUGGUACUUGGAGAUGUUGAGCUGGCUCCUUCCCCCUAUGUCCCUGCACACGCACAGGGGCGGGUGGUGCGGGCGGGAGCGGGAGGCAGGGCUCGGCGGUGGUAGUGGCGGGGCUCCCCCCACUCGCUGCCUGCCCGCCGCCGUGCCCGAACCCCUGCAGCUGCUGGGCUGCUGCCUGCGGCCACAGGACCCGGCCGAGCCGGGCCGAGGGGAGCGCGGGCGGCUGCUGGCGGCGGCCGAGAUGAUGGCGGAGGGCGGCGGCGGGCCGGCGCGCAGGAAGGCGCUGUCGCUGCUGGAGGCCGCCCGCUCCCGCUACGAGAGCCUGCAGAUCUCCGACGACGUCUUCGGGGAGUCGGGCCAGGACAGCAGCGGCAACCCCUUCUACAGCACCUCGGCUGACUCCCGCUCCGCCGCCUCCUCCCAGGACGAUGAGGACGACGAGGAGGAGGAGGAGGAAGGCGAGGGGCGCCCGGAGGGGCCGGCCCCGCGGGGCAGGGCGGCCCGGCGCCGCGCACCCAGGCCGGCGGAGCGGCGGCGGCAGCGGCAGGCCGGCGGCGGCGGCGGGGAGGCGAUGCCGGGCGGCCCCGGCCCCAUGGAGGAGGAGGAGGAGGAGGAGGAAGGCGCCGAGAAGGGGGGCUGGACGCGGUCGCUGCGAGACGUGCCGCCCCCCCGCUUCAAGGACGGCAGCGGUCCAACACGAAAAAUGCCCUUGACUGCCAGUGCCAUGGACUUUUUUCAACUCUUUGUCCCUGACAACGUGCUAAAGAACAUGGUGGUCCAAACCAACAUGUAUGCCAAGAAGUACCAGGAGAGGUUCGGUAGUGACGAAACCUGGAUUGAUGUCACCUUGACAGAAAUGAAGGCUUUCCUAGGCUAUAUGAUAUCGACCAGCAUCCACCACUGUGAGUCAGUUCUCAGCAUCUGGAGCAGCGGCUUCUACAGCAACAAGAGCAUUGCACUUAUAAUGACACAAUCACGAUUUGAAAAGAUCCUGAAGUACUUCCACAUUGUGGCCUUCCGCUCGAGCCAGACAACGCAUGGCCUCUACAAAAUCCAGCCUUUCCUGGACUCUCUGCAGAAUGGCUUUGACUCUGCUUUUAGACCUUCACAAGCCCAGGUACUACAUGAGCCCCUGAUUGAUGAGGAUCCUGUUUUCAUUGCCACAUGCACAGAGAGGGAGCUGCGCAAGAGGAAAAAGAGGAAAUUCAGCCUCUGGGUUCGGCAGUGCUCAUCCACUGGUUUUAUCUGCCAGAUUUACGUCCAUCUCAAAGAAGGGAGCGGUGCUGACGGGCUGGAUGCUUUGAAGAACAAACCGCAGCUGCACAGUAUGGUGGCCAAAAGCCUUUGUCAGAACGCCUCUGGGAAGAACUACAUCAUCUUCACUGGCCCAAGCAUUACCAGCCUCAAUCUCUUUGAAGAAUUUGAGAAGCAAGCGAUUUACUGCUGUGGGUUGCUGAGCACCAGGAAGAGUGACUGCACAGGCCUACCUCCAUCCAUGCUGAACAACCCUGACACUCCCCCGUCCAGAGGACAGUACAGAAUAAGAAUGAAGGGAAACAUGUCCUUAAUCUGCUGGUACAAUAAAGGGCACUUCCGUUUUCUGACUAACGCCUAUUCACCGGUUCAACAAGGAGUUAUAAUUAAGAGAAAAAGUGGAGAAAUUCCAUGCCCUUUGGCUGUUGAAGCAUUUGCUGCUCACCUUAGCUACAUCUGCAAAUACGACGACAAAUACAGCAAGUAUUUCAUUUCUCACAAACCAAACAAGACCUGGCAACAAGUAUUCUGGUUUGCCAUCAGCAUCGCUAUAAACAAUGCCUACAUCCUCUACAAAAUGUCAGAGGCCUACCACGUGACAAGGUAUAGCCGUGCACAGUUUGGUGAAAGACUUGUAAAGGAGCUCCUGGGCUUGGAAGACACCUCACCCUCCCAUUGAUGCAAUGUUCUUGGUGGCAUAGGCAGGGGGUGGAAGGUAAGCAGAAGAAGAUACCACACCUGGAACAGCAAAGCAAGGAACUUCUGACACCACCAGUGCUGUCCUUAUCCAAAAAUGCCAAGUGAUGCCACUAGAGAGGUGGAAACUUUGUUCCUAGUAGCAGCUGGAUGGAAACAUGUUCUACAGAAAGUGCCACAAGAAAAGCUGACAAAAAAAUUGCAUAAGUGAAUGCCUCGUGGGUAUCUGUACACCAGAAACGGACUUAAAUUAGUUAUCUCUCAAUACUAUUUGUUGAACAGGGUCAUCUUGUAAAGUCCCUCUUGGGCUAAGAGCUUGUCAUAAGCCAAGAUAGCUCAGCAGUCCCAGGCGGGCAUUGCAAAAAACUCUAUACACCUUACUUGGAGUUACUCAAUUCUGGGACAAGUAAUGUAAGUCUGCACCAUGAGCUGAGGUUGAGAGUGCCUACCACCUUGUAGGGAAUCAGUGCUGUCCUCACAGUGUGCUAAAAGAAGCAGUUCAGAAGCAUGAACACUUCAUCAAGUAUAUUGACAAACAGAACCUUUAAGGCAGGCAGCCAGGAACUGAGAACUGGUUAAACUUUUUCUUUCCUUUUUUUUUUCCUUAAAAAA